AUGUCCAAGUCCAAAGAUGGACAGUCCUCCGGGAGCUUCCACCAAGACUAUAUUGCCUCGUUGCGCUAUCGCAAUGAUCUUCCUCCUCCAGACAUGCCCCCCAAGUUCCUCGAUAUCCCGCACGAGGGCUUAAGCCGCUUCCUCACCCCCGGAUUUGCAUCCAACCUGGCGCGUCGCGAGGAGCCAAACAUCGAUGUCGACGCUGAAGGUGGAAUGCCCAUUGACCUUGUCGGUAUUCCAGGUUUACAUUUGGGCGAUGAGAGUGCUAUCAUGGCCCCCGAAACCCCUCAGCCUAUCGACCCAGCUGAUCUUCCACUCCUUAUGAGCAUCGACCAACUCCGCAACCCCGUACAGAAGAAUACCAAUGUCAGCUUCCUUCGCCGCACACAGCAUAUCUCCGUCGACCGCACCGCUGGAGCUGGAGCUGCUGUACCUGCCAAAGCGCAGGCACGGCCCAGUAAGAAAGCAAAGCCUUCAGUCGACGACCCCAAGCAUGUCAAGAAGUUCAUUACCAAGGGAUUCGACAUUGCCUACCCGCAGAGCAAGCAUACUGGCGAGGAUACUGAGAAUCGCGUCCGAGGCCUACCUCCCACAAAGGCGGAAGUGGAUGCUUGGGCAAACCCAGUGCAUCCUGAUAAUCCCAAACUGAAGCCAGUCGGCUUCUUCCCCGUCAUGCCUGACCUGGAAGGCUUCCCCGAACCCGGAGGUUUCCUUCAAUUCAAGUUCGACAAGGCGCCUGUGGCAGCCGUCGCCGGCAAGCGGGACAAGCGCAUGGAACUUGGUCUGCUGAGCCCAGCAGCACCAGAGCAGCGUAUCGUUCACGAGCACGAGUCCAAGGUGGCUCUUCACGAAGCGAACCCCAAUAUCUACCCUCACCCGGGCCCCGUACCCUUCGACUACCGCCUAUUCUUACCUGAGAAGGUCGAUGCUCUGAAGAAGAUCCACACAAGCAUGAGUCUGACUCAUCCAGACCGACACGACUCAGACCUUUACACGCACGAGGCCGACGGCAACAAAUACUUCCGCUACGAUCGAGCCCGCACCUACGCCACAAGCGCGCAGUCCUUCAGCACCGAGCAGAAAGAUAUCGCAAUGACUCUCUUCACCCCCAAAGACGGCGAUACCAGACAACUGGCCGCCUACUACUACCCCAUCAUUGGCAAGGCCCGUCUCAAGCCCGAACGUGCCCGUACCAUCGCCCAGGCCGGUCUGGCACCUGCAUCCACCCAGCAGGAAGAGCCCGAGGAGCAAGUCGACCAGAUGCACGUUACUGUCCGUGACCCCGACGAGCAAGAGAUAUACAAGCGGGCUACGCACCGUCUGCAGGUCGACCCUAAGUUCGCGAGCCAAAUGCCGCCCGAACCUACGGUCGAGGAGGAGCAACCGAUUGAAAACGAUGAUGCCGAUCAGCCAGCCGAAGAUACUCGCAUGAGCGACGACGAGUAG